AUGCACUGGGAAGAGAAGCACCAGAUCAACAUUCCAAAGAAGCACCACAUAGCUUCCCUGUUGGUGAGGCAUUACCAUGAACAGGUUGCAGUUCCUAUUAUUCCUGGGAGGAAUGUGAAUUCUAUGGUCCAGAUGUGCGUGUCCAGGAAAACGAACAUCCUGCCAGCCCAAAAAGAUGGCCCGUGUAGCCCAGAUGGAACCGGACACCUGACAGUCUACUGUCUUUCUCCAUCCACGCACAGUUCCCGCUGGUCAGACAUCUGUCCUAAUGAGGAUGAAGAUGUCCCGUCAAACGGGAGGCUAAUGGCCGUGGACAGAUGGAAGACAUCUCCUUUCAGCCUGCAUCCGGAGACACCAGCAGUGGGCCUAAGCAAUGAGCACUGGGAGGGUGGCUGGAUAAAGACACUCCAGGAAAAAGUUUGUUCCAAAGAGAAGGAGCGGAAGGGCGGGGGGGGUCGUGUGACAUCAGCCCAAUUGUCACAUCCGUCAGAGGGGAUGUUCAUCAGUCAAUCCGUCAAUGGCGCGCUCAUCAAUAAGGCUGAUGGCAGCAGGCCUCCGCAGGCUGGACCGGUCCUCCCGGAGCUUUCCCCCGGACACGGAGAUGCUCAGAAGAUAUCCGGAGCCGGGUGGGACGGAUGGGUCGGGGGGGCAGAGUUGGAGGCUGUGUGGGUCCUGGGGUCUCCACUUUCACGGACGGGCACAGAGAGGUGUUUCAUUGGGAGCAGGGGCAGUGAGAUCAGAUCGCCUUACCCCACACAGCUCGGCUUUGUUAUCGGAUCCCCCCCCCCCCAGUCCGUGGACACGCCGCAUCAUCUGACCCACCUUAACGAAUGCAAGAUGUCCAAUCAGCAACACGUUCGGCCGUCCCAGACCGCCGUUGCCGUGGUACCCAGGAGACCCCAUCCAUGA